ACGGCACAGGGACGAGGGGUUUCUGGCCGGCGGGGAGCCGUUCUCAGCAGAGGAGACAAGCCGUGAGGGUCCCCACCCCAAGGGAGGACUGCGACCCACCUCGCUCUACAGACCCCGAAUCAAGGCUGCCCCACGUGGAGGAGCCACCCCUAGGUCAGAAAGAUGGGGGAAAUGGAGCAGAUGAAGCAGGAGGCUGAGCAGCUGAAGAAGCAGAUUGCGGAUGCCCGGAAAGCCUGCGCAGACACAACGCUUGCUCAGAUUGUGUCUGGAGUGGAGGUUGUUGGCCGCAUCCAGAUGCGGACCCGAAGGACCCUGCGUGGGCACCUGGCCAAGAUCUACGCCAUGCACUGGUCCACGGACUCCAAACUUCUGGUCAGUGCCUCACAAGACGGGAAACUGAUUGUGUGGGACACGUACACCACUAACAAGGUUCAUGCCAUCCCUUUGCGCUCUUCCUGGGUCAUGACCUGUGCCUAUGCCCCCUCAGGCAAUUUUGUGGCCUGUGGGGGCCUUGACAACAUGUGCUCCAUCUACAACCUCAAGACUCGUGAGGGCAACGUCAAAGUGAGCAGGGAGCUCUCAGCCCAUACAGGUUACCUCUCCUGCUGCCGAUUUCUUGAUGACAACAAUAUUGUGACCAGCUCUGGGGAUACCACAUGCGCGCUCUGGGACAUUGAGACGGGGCAGCAGAAGACUGUGUUCCUGGGACACACCGGAGACUGUAUGAGCUUGGCCGUCUCCCCAGACUUCAAACUCUUCAUCUCUGGGGCUUGCGAUGCUACUGCCAAACUGUGGGACGUGCGGGAGGGCACCUGCCGUCAGACCUUCUCAGGGCACGAGUCUGAUAUCAAUGCCAUCUGCUUCUUCCCUAACGGUGAAGCCAUCUGCACCGGCUCCGAUGAUGCCACCUGCCGUCUCUUUGACCUGCGGGCAGACCAGGAGCUCAUAGUGUACUCUCACGAGAGCAUCAUCUGUGGAAUCACAUCGGUCGCCUUCUCCCGCAGUGGGCGCCUCUUGCUUGCUGGAUACGAUGACUUCAACUGCAACAUCUGGGACUCCCUGAAAGCAGAGCGCGUGGGAAUCCUUUCUGGCCACGACAACAGAGUGAGCUGCCUGGGGGUGACGGCAGACGGCAUGGCCGUUGCCACCGGUUCCUGGGACAGCUUCCUCAAGAUUUGGAACUGA